UUAAAUUGAAUAUGAAACUGGGUACUGAUUCAAAAAUUUAAAUAUAUCCUCCACUUUUAUCGAAACCACUUUGUAAUCGAUAACCACUGGGUUUAACGGGAUAUGCGCAUGCCUGCGUGGGCGCCUUUGACGUCACUAAGGAAAAGGACACAACAAACUCCGGACUGUCCAAACACAACAAAAAGGCAAUACACUCCCCCCAUCAAAAAGUUUUCAACAAAAUUUGCAAUGAAGCUAACCUUGAGAAGAUACUCCUGGAUCCUGAUGCUCCAGUUUGCCCUCUUGGGAGUGGAUCUAUUCUUCAAUGCUUUUGGAGCUUCGCUGGCGAGGAAUCGAUUGCAAACUGCUAUACUAUUCUUUGUCAUCCAGGAUGUCCUGAUCAUCGCUGAAUAUGUCCUAUUUACCUUCACCCUCCACUCGACCUGUGUGCACCAGGUGGGUGCCUCGCACAUCAUCCUGCGCAACUGCAAGCUCUUCCUGGUCAGCGUCACCAUCUACUUCCUGCUGUCUGCCUCGCAGCACUUCUGGAUCGUCUCCCAAUAUCGCUUGGCUCCGGGAAAUGAGACAACCGAGUGGCCCCUUGGAUUGAUUGCCCUGUCUGUGAUCCAGCGUAUAGUUUCGGUGUUUUAUUACUACAGCUGCAAGUCCACAGCACUAACCAUGGCCGAUCCUCGCUUCAAGGAGGAGUAUGUGGACUGGAUUGUUGAGCAGUUGGGUGAUAAGUAAUGGGAUUGGAAAGGGAUAGAUUCUAGAUAGGAAGGGCAAUUAUAAAUUGGUAAUGGGAAGUGCAAAUCAAGUGUAAAACAUUUAAAUAAAUCUUAGUUAUGCGUAAAGAUUAGUUGUUUAAUUUAU